AUGUUCCAGGACGUGACGUUGGGUAGUGCGCGCUUCAAGGCCAAGCGGACCAAGCAGGUCGCCGAGGUUUUCUCGCAAACGGUGGAGAUCGAGAUGUUCGAUGAGGAGGCUCAGACGGACGACGCCACCGCCUCAGCCUCCACCCAAACAGGUCAAGAGAAACAAGCACCAGCUAGAGGGAAGGGCAAGGAUGCAGCGUCCGACACUCAGGAAGAAGACCAGCGACGGGUAUCGGAGUGUCUGCAGAAUGUGGGCGGGCUCAUGCUGCGAGAAAUGGCCAAGAACGGCCACACCAGCUCCUGCUUCAGUGGCUUGGAGCGGUACUUGGAGGAGUCGGAAGAGAAGAACGUCAGCAAGCUGUUUCGACUGCAGUUCGACUAUGACACGUACUUCCAGCCGCAGCAAGCGACUGCAACAUCAAAUGGCGCUGGUGCUCCAUCUUCGCUACGACUUUCGUGCACUGGAGUGUCAUGGAAUGCGACGGGAUCCGUCAUUGCAGUGGCGUACGGACGCUUCGAUCACUCUGGCUGGUGCAACUACCGCUCGGCACUUUGCCUGUGGAAUGUCUUCCAGAGCGACCUCAAUCCGCAGAAACCCUCGCUCGUGCUCGAAACUUCGAGCGGACUCAUGUGCGUUGCCUUCCACCCGCAAAGCCCGUCGAUUGUCGCCGCUGGGUCUUUCAACGGAGAGGUUUUCGUCUGGGACACCGAACCAGUCGACUAUCGAUUUUUCUCGUCAGGAAUCGGCGACUACUUCCACCGUGAACCUGUCACCAAGGUCGCCUGGGUCUACGACAUUCAAACCAACGACUACAACGUUGCGAGUGUCAGUGGCGACGGCAAAAUUCUCUUUUGGAGAGUUAAAGACAAACUUGCCUUCCCUGUUGAGGGCUACGUCAUGCACUUACCAGGCGCUAAUGGUGGUAAGAGCAACAAUGAUGAAACCCGCUCUCCAGUCAUCGGCGGCAAAGCUCUCGCUUUCAGCAGCAUCGACAAGGCCAGUCGCGCCUUCGUAGUGGGGUCUGAAGGCGGGGUUGUCGCUCGGUGUUUCGCCAAGGCUGCGUCCAACGUCCGCUCGUCGGACUUCAAGGGCGAGAAGAAGUGGACGGCAACCGCAGCUCGCCUGGUCAUGAAGCUACCCGCAUCCAAAGUCCCAGCAGCUCGACGCCAAGUGGAAGCGUACGCGUCUGCCAAGCGCAGCAAAGAGGUGACCCUCGCCACUGUAUACGAAGCGAGGCUGGAUCCGGCAACGAUCUUCCCCAGCGCGAUGGACUUCGUCUUCGAGCCUCACACAGCUCCAGUGUACGACGCGAGCUUCUCGCCAUUCCGCAAGAGUCUGUUCCUCACUGCAUCUGCUGAUGGUACGACCCGUGUGUACUCAACAUUGCAGCGCGAAUUGCUGCUUUCUGUCGAUGUCACACCUUCAGCAGCUUACCUCUACGCUGCGGAGUGGUCGCGUACUCGUCCGAUGGUUUUCGCCGCAGCCAGCGAGGAUGGCAACGUCUAUGUCUUCGACCUGAAAGUCGAUCGCGUUAGCCCCGUGCUGAUCAUCAGCGGCAAAGACCCGACAGCGAGUGCGCCGAUGUUUGCUCUUGACUUUAACCCAAGACAGCGCAACUUCCUCGCCGCGGGUGACUCUGCCGGUACCGUGCACAUCUGGAAGCUGUCGUGGCAGCUCGCCAAUUUCCAGACUGGAGAAAACGAGAUGCUAGAGGCGCUCGAGCUCAGCAGCUAG